AUGUUGAAAAUUCAAUCAACAAGUUCAAAUUUGUUCCGUUUAAAGUUGAACGAGAGAAUCAUCAGAAUCGCCGUGUUCAGUGCAGGGAUCAUAGGUCUUAUCUUCCUUCUCUCAAACACCACUUCUGGUCCAACUUAUGUUAGAUCUGUCAAGAAGCCUACAACUCAUCCAGCUUCAAAUGCUCAAUCAGGUACAGGGGACCAUUUAAUUAAUAUCCCAUUAGCUGAAACAACCUAUGUUCGUGAGAAUGCCACUUUUGUCUCCCUUGCCAGAAACGAAGAUUUAUGGGAAUUGGUUCAUGCUAUAAGAUCUGUUGAGGAUCGUUUUAAUCGUCAAUAUAAAUAUGAUUGGGUUUUUUUAAACAAUGAGGAAUUUAAUCAUGAGUUUAAAACUGUGAUGACUACUUUGGUUUCAGGUGAGGCUAAAUUUGGGUUGAUUCCAAAAGAUCAUUGGUCUUAUCCUAGUUGGAUCUCUACUGAAAAAGCUGCAAAGACAAGAGAAGAUAUGAAGAAUAUCAUUUAUGGGUCCUCGGAACCUUAUAGACAUAUGUGUAGAUAUGAAUCUGGUUUUUUCUAUAGACAUCCAUUAAUGCUUGAUUAUAAAUAUUAUUGGAGAGUGGAACCAAGUACAAAAUUACAUUGUGAUGUUAAAUAUGAUGUUUUCAAAUUUAUGAAGGAUAAUAAUAAAGAUUAUGGGUUCACUAUUACAAUUCAUGAAUUUGAAGAAACUAUUAAAACCUUAUGGAAAACUACUCAGGAUUUCAUUAAAGAAUUUCCUCAAUAUAUUGCAAAGGAUAAUUUAGAAAAAUUUGUUUCAAAUGAUGGUGGUAAAACUUAUAAUUUAUGUCAUUUUUGGACAAAUUUUGAAGUUGGUAAUAUGGAUUUCUGGAGAGGUGAAGCAUAUUCAAAAUAUUUUGAAUAUUUAGAUAAGAAUGGUGGGUUUUUCUAUGAAAGAUGGGGUGAUGCUCCAGUUCAUUCAAUUGCAGCUUCAUUAUUCUUACCUCAAGAUCGUAUUCAUUUCUUUAAGGAGAUUGGUUACUUCCAUGGUCCUUAUCAUAAUUGUCCAAUUGAAGAUGAUGUUCGUGAUGAGAAUAAAUGUAUGUGUAAUCCAAAUGAUGAUUUCACAUGGAAGGAUUAUUCAUGUACAAGAUUAUAUUAUGAUGUUAAAGGGUUGCAAAAACCAAAAGGAUGGGAUAAGCAUACUGGUUAA